AUGAAAGGCUGGGGAUUAACCGAAGAUGAGAAGAAAGCGCGUAAGAAAGCGGAACGUGAGCGUAAACGACAAGAAGCUCGCGAUGUGGCCGAGAAAAAAAAACGAUUUGGUUUAACACCGGAAAAAAAACGAAAAUUAAGGUUACUCAUUAUGAAAAUGGCUACAGAUAAUUUAAAGAAUGCUGCCCAACAACGUUUAGAAGCGAGAAAAAAUUAUAUUGAAGAACGAGUUACAGCAUUACCAACAGAUUUUAAUAGUUUAACAGAAGCUCAUCUUGUAUCAUUAUUGAAAGAAUUGCAUAAACAAUUGACUGAACAAGAAGAAGCAGAAUAUGAUCUUGAAAUGAAAAUUCGAAAACAAGACUAUGACAUCAACGAGCUAACAAUUAAGGUGAAUGAUAUCAAAGGAAAAUUUAUCAAACCAAUACUCAAAAAGGUGUCGAAAACAGAACAGAAAAUGCUUAAACUACAAAAACCGAAAGAAGAAGAAAUGGAUUUUCGUUCAGUAUUAAAAGCAUCCAAUAAACCAAAAUUUGCCUUAAACACUGAAGAAAAAGACGAAGAAAAGGUUAAUUUUCGUGAACAAGUACAAUUAAAAUCAGCCAAAGAACAUAAAGUCGAAGAGGAAGAUUAA